AAUAAAUAUUGAGAGGCGUAAUGUCUACCCAUCAUUUAUUCUGAGUGGACCGUAAGCAUAUCAUCUCGAUAUUACCUAUUGCCUCUACAGUAUACACGCAUAUCGGUAUUAAAAGAUGGCUACGAACAAAGUAACCGUAGAAGGAACACCUUCUCAGCCGUCGCUAGCGAAACAUGAUUGUGCUGUGUUAGAUCUCGCCUUCGCUAUGGACUGUACGGGAAGUAUGGGGCAGUAUAUUGACACAGCUCGCACCAACAUUCGUGCAAUUGUGGAACAAAUUGUGUCAAGUGAAAAAAGUGACGUACAUUUGGCCUUGGUGGAAUACCGCGACCACCCCCCUCAGGAUCCUUCGUUUGUGACACGCCCACAUGACUUUACUGCCUCCGUGUCCACCAUGAAGUCAUGGUUGGAUGGCUGUAGUGCACAGGGUGGAGGGGAUAGUCCGGAGGCUGUGGCCGACGCUCUUCACGAUAUGCUUAAACUUUCCUGGAGAGAGAACGCUACUAAAAUCUGUGUGCUGGUAUCCGAUGCCCCACCCCACGGUCUAGCUCCCCAUGGGGACGGGUUCCCUAAUGGUUGUCCAGCAGGACUGGAUCCCAUGGACAUUGUAAGGCAACUUGCAGCGAAGGGAAUAACAUUAUAUUCUGUUGGGUGUGAACCAGAUAUCAAUCCCUACAAAGAAUUCUUCACUGCCAUCGCCUACCUAACAGGAGGCCAGUAUAUACCACUGAGGGGUGCUAAGGCCCUCACACAGGUUAUCAUAGGAGGGGCACAGGAAGAAAUAUCACUGGAACGAUGGAUGGCUGAAGUGGACGAAGAGGUACAAAGGGAAAUAUCAAUGGGGAACCAAAUAAAUGACGAUGAAAUGACUCGUAGAGUACAGGCUAAGAUGGACAGUAAAGGCAUAAGGGGCAAGAAACUACAGAGAAAUAAUUUCGAUUUAGAAGCCGCUUCUGCAAGCUCUAAAAAGUUGGCAGAAUUUACCAACAUGGAAGAUGUCAGAUCAAACUUCAGUGCUUCGGCGAUGGCUCCUAGCAUGGGAAGCGGUAUGGCUUCGGCGAUGGCUCCUAGCAUGGGAAGCGGUAUGGCUUCGGCGAUGGCUCCUAGCAUGGGAAGCGGUAUGGCUUCGGCGAUGGCUCCUAGCAUGGGAAGCGGCAUGGCACGUCCAAGAGGUAGUGCCCGUGCUCGUUUUGCUGCAGUCCCUUCUAGUGCUCCAAUGAUGUCAAUGGGAGCAAGCGGAAUGGCUACUCCUCCAGGGAUGGCUACUGGUGAGGCGGAUACCUGGGAUACAGUGGAGAGCAAUAUUUCUUACGGACAGGCGGCUAGAAUGGUACAGAAGUCAAAGUCCAGAAACAACUAUAAGUGAUAGCUGGGUUUGUAACUUUAGACUCUGUACCUUAUUAAGCGAGUUAUUGAUAAAAAUGAGAUUAUUAAAUUAGUUAUUAAUAAAAAUGUGAUUCCAGCUGAUUUAAACGUUGAAAUACUGCUAUUUUGUAUAAAGAAAUAGAAUAUAAAAUAUAUAGGAUUAUUUAUAUGAUAAGGUAAAAACUUCAGUUUUUGUUAAACAGUGACUUGUGAUUAUUGGUACGCUACAUAGCAAUACACACUAGAAUCAUAUUUAUGAAUGUUUAUGUUACGGAAAUGUCGUGCAAUAUGUGAUAAAUGGACACUGGUGUUUACAACACCACCGUUACAUUGUGUAUCCAGAAUGGACCAAUAGAAUCGGUUAUUGUUUAUUGACAAUUUUACACAUUUUAUAUAUCUUAUUUAAAUGAUUGAUUUUUUUUUUAUAUUUAUUCAUAGCUGUCAUUUCUAACAGGCGUUGUUAGAUGUAUGUAUAACAUCAUUAAGGAUGUUUUCCUACUGAAUUUAUUUUCUUUUUAUUGUCAUUUGUUACUUCAAUGUUUUAUAUUUAAUUGUAUAUUGUGUUGUAUUUUUAAAUUGUACAUAGAUGUUGAUUUUAUUACCACAUUGUUAUGUAUUUAAUUGUACAUAGAUUGUAUUGCCAUGUUGUUUUGUAUCAUUGUUUUAUAUUAACAAUUGUUUUUGUUCAGUUAACAUGGAUAUAUUAAAAGAUAUAUUUUAAAA